AUGGCACUAAGAGCAACCGUACUCCGCCAUGUUCGCGUGCCGCUCCAAGCCGCUCCUAAAUUCCAACCAUGGAAUGCUUCCAUUCGCUCCAUGUCUUCACACGACGAUCAUAUAAAAAAAGAAGAAAACGUCGAUCGCUCCAUGUCUUCACCCGAAGAAGAUCGUAUAAAUAAAGAAGAGGUUAUCGAUAAAGUAGAUCCUUCCAAGGUGACUUCAGAUGUGGAUUCUCAGAAGGAUUUGGCUAUGGACAACUUAUACCUUUUGAGAGUUUUACGUGCAGUACAAGAAGCGUUCAAGCCAAUGUUUUAA